AUGGCUCAAACUCUGACGUUCGGUGACUCAUGCGCUCCAUUAACGUGUCACGCAUGGAAUAAGGAGAGAAAUCAAAUUGCAUUCUCCCCCAACAACAAUGAAGUUCAUAUAUAUCAAAAGGAAGGUAAUGAUUGGAAACAAACAGAUAAUCUAGUUGAGCAUGACAUGAGAGUUAUGGGUAUUGAUUGGGCUCCAAACACUAACAGGAUUGUGACUUGUUCAGUGGACCGUAAUGCAUAUGUUUGGACUCAAAAUGAAGAAGGAAAGUGGACUACAACAUUAGUUCUUCUCCGUAUUAACAGAGCUGCAACUUGUGUAAAAUGGUCACCAAUGGAGAAUAAAUUUGCUGUCGGUUCAGGGGCUCGCCUCAUCUCUAUUUGUUAUUUUGAAAAGGAAAACAAUUGGUGGGUCUCUAAACAUAUCAAAAAGCCAAUUCGCUCAACUAUCACAACUCUUGAUUGGCACCCUAAUAAUAUUCUUUUAGUUGCGGGAUCUACUGAUUUUAAGGUGAGGGUCUUCUCAGCAUACAUCAAGGAUAUAGAAGAUCAACCCGGGCCUAAUGUAUGGGGUUCAAAACUCCCCCUUGGCCAACUUUUGGCAGAAUUUCCUUCCGCUGGCAGUGGUUGGGUGCACAGUGUUUCCUUUUCUGGAGAUGGCAAUAAAGUAGCUUGGGUGGGCCACGAUAGUUCCAUCAAUGUUGCUGAUGCUGCUCAAGGUAAAGCAGUUAUCAAACUUAAGACUGAGUAUUUGCCAUUUUUGGGUUGCAUUUGGGUUUCCAAUAACUUUUUAGUUGUUGCUGGACACAGCUGUAUUCCUCUCUUAUAUUGCCAUGACGGUGAUCAAAUUAAGUUUGUAGCCAAGUUGGACAAUACUCAACGUAAAGAGUCUGGAGGGCUCUCAGCUAUGAAGAAGUUUCAAUCGCUGGACCGUCAGGCACGAAUUGAAACCAACGAUACAUUCCUAGACUCUAUCCACCAAAAUGCAAUUACCUGCAUUAACCUGCACAAAGGGUCUAAAGCCAAUGCUAAGAAGUUCAGUACCUCUGGCCUGGACGGUCAGCUAGUCAUUUGGGAUAUGGAGUCGUUGGAGAGAUCUAUUGAAGGACUUAAAAUUGCUUAA